AUGGGUCGCCGGUUCCGACACCUGGACCUGGAAGUGCGGCAAGAUGCAAAGGGAAGAGGGCUGUAUUGCACUCGGAGCUUCCGCCAGGGUGAGACGCUUUUCGUCGGCGAGGCAGCUCUUCUAGUCUGCCUUCCAGACCUGUGGAAGAACCGCUGUUCGAAAUGCCUGGCAAGCAGUGACGAUGAUAGUCUGAGGAUCUGCAAGGGCUGCGGCACAGUGGCAUUUUGCUCGUCCUGCCGGGCCGAUCUGUGGCACAGCGAGGAGUGCCCUGUGCUGGCCAAACUGCUUCAAGCAUGCCAGGACCAUGCUCGGAGUCAGGGAAUCGAAGAGCAUGACCACCGGCAGCAGCUGGUGUGCUGUGCCCUCUCAAUCUCUCGGCUUCUGCGCCUUGUUGACAGUGGCCGAGAACCCAGAUCUUCUCCGUGUGCCAAGCUUGCUGUGGCCUUGCUGGACGAUUUCGCCGAGCUUUGUACGCCACCAGAGGAGAUUCCAGGCGAUCCACAAGCUUUUGCUGCGCUCUUGAUGAGGGAGCCCCUGAAUGCCUUGUUUCCGGCAGAGCUUCGGCACAGCCCAGAGCUGGCGGAUGUGAUCUGCCACUGCUACGAGCAGUUGACUUGCAACAGCUUCUUGGUGUGCAGCGACGAUGCCACGCCUGCUGGCCAGCUGUGCGACCCAAUUGCAGCUCUUUUGAACCACUCUUGCAGUCCGAAUGCUGCCAUCGUCUGGCAGAUUCCGGCGAAGGGCAGGACACAUCGUGUGCAAUGCGUCCGUGACCUCAGAGCCGGGGACGAGGUUCUGAUCAGCUACGUUGAUCCAACACGCCCGUGGUGGAUACGCCAACCGUCGCUGAAGGCAACUUAUGGCUUCAUUUGUGAUUGCGCCGUGUGUCGGCCGAUCAGUGCUUGGGAGCGUAGUGUGGCUGUGGGGGACCGGCCGGCAAAUCUCCCAGCGGGGAUCGAGGAAAGCAUCGCAGCCGUGAAGGCAGCCGAUGGGACCAUUCUGAUGAUCAGCGCCGAGCGAACCAGGGGAUUGUGCCUGUUCCUGCGCAAAGAGAUGGGCAUUGCCAUAGAAGCGGCAUCCGAGGAAGAUAUCUGCCGGGUCGCAGAUGCUGCCUCUGCAGUUGGGCAGCUGGCUGGCCUUGGCAAACUCAGUGGUGAAGAAGCUCGGAAAAGGCUUUUGCAGCUGGGCCCGGCUUGGGAGAGUCUUUUGCAGCUUUUGGGGCCGCGGCACAUGCUCCUCCGAGAGCUGAUCAGUAUUCUGCGCAUCGCAGAAAUUGCAGAAGACUGGAAGACCUGCAUGGAGUUGGCCCCCAAAGUUCUGACCGCUUUGGGAAUCCCAGAUGAUGAGAUGUCAUCCAGGAAAGCAGAGGUCUUGGUACUUCUAGCAAUCGCGAGGAUCAGGACUGCCGAGGACGGUGCCUCGCAGCUGAAAGCCCAGUCAGAGGGAAAGGCGGCGCUGGAAUCCAUGUCACGGCUCUAUGGGGAGAACCUGCCAAAGCAGUUGGGAGUCGGCACACUGCAGAAAUUGCUACAUGAGAAUGUGGCGAUGGACCUGGACAGCAUGGAUUGA